UUUCUCGAGACUGAGACAAGUUGAGCAGAGUAGUGAAACUGCUACACAGCGCCUCUAGGGCUGUGUAUGACAUGUGCUUACAGAGGAGGAGAGUAGUGUGGAGAGAGGUGGGAGCUCAGAGGCAGAGAGCAGUCAUUGUGCGUGACGGACUAUGACAGUGCGGAGCGGCAGGAGUUAGAAAAAGACAAGAAGAAACAUGUAACCAGAUCUAUUCACCUGCAGAUGAGACACCGGGACAGAAACAUGCGAUGUGACAGAGAUUUACGCGCCCGUGGUUCACUUGUGCCUUCGCAAACACCUUCAGGGAGUUCACACGUUCCUGCGCGUCGACGGGCACGCAAUGUUUAGACGCAGACGACCGGCAGAGCCCCGCGGAGUUUGGAUGUGUGUUUCCACAGCUUUUCUCAUGCAACAAGACAAUUUGUAAGUAAGCGAGCGACAAGGAGCACCGCGAAUGUAGCCGUACACAGGAGGGGAAACAAGCGAAAACACUGUACCAGCCAGUGUCUUCCAGUGGUCAUCCCGCUCCCGUGUGUGCGAGUGUGUGUUUCGGUUUCUCGCAAUCCCGUGUGGGUAUAUAAUAAUAAUAAUAAUUUAAAAAAAAAGUAAGGGAGGAUGCAGGUGAAGAAGCACCGGGACUCGGACAGAAGCGGCGGGAACAUGCUGGAAGGUGACGGCCUCCGUAAAAACUCCUCAUGCUUCUCAAAUAUCAAGAUAUUCUUGAUAUCGGAAUGCGCUCUCAUGUUGGCACAAGGAACCGUCGGAGCAUACCUGGUGAGUGUGCUGACUACACUGGAGCGGCGGUUCAACUUGCAAAGUGCUGACGUAGGAGUGAUAGCCAGCAGCUUCGAGAUAGGCAACCUGGCACUGAUCCUGUUUGUCAGCUACUUUGGGGCCAAAGCGCAUCGACCUCGUCUGAUCGGCUGCGGGGGGAUCGUCAUGGCCCUUGGCGCUUUACUCUCAGCUCUGCCUGAGUUUCUAACUAAUCAGUAUGAGAUCGGGGAAAUGUGGAGGACUGACGCGGGUCGCGAUGUUUGCUCCAACGCCAGCAACACUGAGGCUGAGGACAAAGUGUGCUCCAACAGGGCCAACACUAAUAUGAUGUACCUGCUGCUGAUCGGAGCCCAGGUCCUGUUGGGGAUCGGAGCCACACCCGUGCAGCCUCUGGGGGUGUCCUAUAUUGAUGAUCACGUAAAGAAGAAAGACUCAUCACUCUAUAUAGGAAUCCUCUUUUCUACUCUGGUCUUCGGGCCGGCCUGUGGCUUCAUCCUCGGCUCCCUUUGCACUAAGUUCUACGUGGACGCCAUCUUCAUCGACACCAGUAAGCUUGGCAUCACUCCAGACGACCCACGGUGGAUCGGGGCCUGGUGGGCGGGCUUCCUCCUGUGCGGUGCCUUACUCUUCUGCUCGGCUGUCCUCAUGUUCGGCUUCCCUCAGUCGCUGCCCAUCAAGGAGAGAGAGGAGGCGGCAGACACUGAGCAGGUUAUGCUUCCUCCUCCUCUGAAUUCAGAGGCUCCAAAGUCCAGUAAUGGGGUUGUACACAACCACGAGCCUGCCAACAGCCCCACCUGCUGUCAGCAACUCAGGGUGAUUCCCAAGGUGACCAAGCACCUCCUGUCCAACCCCGUGUUCACCUGCAUCAUCCUGGCCGCCUGCAUGGAGAUUGCAGUCGUGGCCGGCUUUGCAGCCUUUCUGGGGAAGUACCUCGAGCAGCAGUUCAACCUCACCACCACCUCAGCAAACCAGCUGCUAGGUAUGACAGCCAUUCCUUGUGCAUGUUUGGGGAUCUUCAUGGGUGGCCUGCUGGUGAAGAAGCUCAACUUGUCUGCGUUGGGAGCCAUCCGCAUGGCCAUGCUGGUCAACCUGAUCUCCACUGCCUGCUACGUCUCCUUCCUGUUUCUGGGCUGCGACACCGGUCCCGUCGCAGGCGUGACGGUGCCAUACACCAACCGGACUCUGCGGGUGGGCGAGAAACCAGAAGCUCAGUGCAUCAGUCACUGCAACUGCUUCACCUCCUCCAUCAGCCCCGUGUGCGGCUCCAACGGUGUCACCUACCUGUCUGCCUGCUUCGCCGGCUGCUCCCAAACAGGAAGGACCACAUCUGGCAUCUCUCAGAACCUGACUGGCUGUGGUUGUGUAUCCACUGACAGUAAAUUGGCCACAGCAGUUCCUGGGAAAUGUCCGAUGCCGGGCUGCCAGGAGGCUUUCCUCAUUUUCCUGUGUGUAAUCUGUGCAUGCAGCCUGGUUGGAGCCAUGGCCCAGACUCCCUCCGUUAUCAUCCUCAUCAGGACUGUGAGCCCUGAACUGAAAUCAUAUGCCCUUGGAGUGUUGUUCCUUCUGCUAAGACUCCUCGGAUUUAUCCCCCCUCCUCUGAUAUUCGGUGCUGGGAUUGACUCGACUUGCCUUUUCUGGAGUUCGGACUGCGGUGAUAAGGGUGCUUGCCUGCUGUACGACAACGUCGCUUACAGGCAUCUUUAUGUGAGCCUUGCCAUCAUCCUCAAGGGCGUCGCCUUCCUCCUCUACACCACUACAUGGUAUUGCUUACGCAGGAACUACAAGAAGUAUAUAAAAGGUCACGAGGGCCACAUGACGGCAGCUGAGUUUUACCCUUCUCUAACAGAAGGCCCCAAAACUGACAGGACAAAGUUUAUAUAUAACUUAGAGGACCAUGAGUUUUGUGAAAAUAUGGAGUCAGUUUUAUAAUUUGUUACGCAAAAAAAUGGUGGACAUUCAUAUUCAACUCAAAGGACUAUUUUAUUCUUCUUUUCUUGAAAGGAUAAAAUGUUUUUUUCGUUUUGAUAAAGGCAAUCUAGUUAAUUAAUUAAUGGCCCGUUCAGGUCCCAGGAGAAAUGAGUCCCCACUUCGCUCCACGUCCUCAGUCAACUUUCGAAAGGGUCCAUUUUAGUCGUUUACGUAUCCGCGAGGUGUUGUCCAGUGUUGCCGGUGAAUUCCUGUGUUGACUUUGGUGGUAGAAGACGACUACAGUACUGUCGGGCUCAGUCCUAGUUGAUUAUUAGUGAGACAGUGGACAUGAUGCUACUACAACUAUAGUUGCCAUAUUUGUUUUAGGCCUGUCAUGAUUCCAGUUAUCUGUGUGAAAAAUGACAGUUUCCUUUCAGUCAGUGCACUGUGUGUCCUGUCUGUCACUCGAUAAUAAGAUUUUAUGAUUAAAACAGUUUGGGUGGUUCUUUAGUUAUUCGUAUUUAAAAGUUGCCAAGUGUUUACAAACUAAUAGUUCAUCGGUUAAUGCGUUUUACGUCAAUGCGGAAGGUUUCUUCGUCAAACAAGAACAGGAACAUGCUGACUGGGUUAUUAUAGUGGCCUAUUAGACGUUUUAAGUGUCAGAAAAUCAAGUCUAAUAACUUUUAAACAAAGGUUAGUGUUUUCACGUCAUCAUGCACUGUUCAGUUUCUCGUCCUCUUGCUGGAUCACGGGCACUGUUUCUCAUACUUGUUUAGACUAGACUGUGAAGUCUUGUCUCAUAGGUGCAAAUGUGCAAUUCAUAUCUGAUACGUCCGUGUUUGUUAACUAGUUUGGUGUCAGACUGCAGGUUUGUUUUUCAUGCCAGCUGUUUGUUUCAUUUCCAUGUUAUCUGCAGAGUUUAUUCAGCCUAAUAUGUCUUAAUAAGGGAUUAUUCGAUAAGAAUGUUAAUUAUGUUUUCUUUGGACUCUUGCACCUAGUGGAAGAGUCAAAGAAGAAUAUUUCUUGUGUUUGAACAUUCAAGUAAAAGAUAUAUUGAGUAAUAUAUUUGUUUCAUUAGGCCCAGAAUGUUUUAUUAGACUGUAUUUAAAAGGACAGUGUAAAUUAUAUUAUGUGUGUAUGUUUGAUGCCACAGAAGAUUUGGGACAAUUCCUAGUGAUGAAAUGCUGUUGAUAUUAUUGGGGUAAAAAAUAUCUGCUACAGGACACUAUGUGUGCACAACACACUGAAUUUAUUCCCGGACACGUAUUUGAACACCUCUUAAACCCAACUCAACUCUACUGAUCUCUCUCGCUCUCUUUCUGCAAUUACAGUUUUGACUUUUGUCCCUUUUCUUACACUUUUUGUAUGGCAACAUAUCAUUUAUUUUACUCUGGAAAUAAAUUAUUUUUCAGAAAAUAGAAA